AUGGUUAUCGUGGGUUCAUGCAACGGUUUGAUCUGCGUUCUAGUCGACGCAUGUCGGUUUUUCUUGUUGAAUCCUUCGACAAGAGAGUCCGAGGAAUUGCCCGACUUCUUUACCGGAGCGAUGUUCCCGAAGAAUGUCGUUUCUAUUCGUGGAUACGGAUUUGGUUUCGAUGAGAGUAGCGGCGAUUACAAGGUUUGCGCCGUUUGUUAUAUGAUGUUUGUGUUUGGUUCAAACAUGACUUUUCCGAGUACCGCAAGAAUGUAUAGCUUAAAGGCCGAUUCUUGGGGACGUAAUUUGUUCUUUAAGGAUGUGUGUAUAUUUGGUUCAGCCAAGUUUGUGAGUGGGAAGUUACACUGGAUUAGUGAUUUUAAAACGAAGUCGAAAUGGGAUGAUGUUUGUUUCGAUUUGAAGAGUGAGACUUUUGGAAUCGUGAAACAAACUAGUUGUAUCAAGGGUUAUUACUAA